AUGGGCCGCACAAAACGCCCAGAGGGCCCCCAGACACCCAGGAGCGUCCCCACCAAUUCCCAGGUGGGCCCCAUGGACAGCUACCUGCAAACCCCAGCAGCCGCGCCGCACGAGCAAGUAGGCCCAGAACGGACCGACUCCCCACCCUGCGCACGGCCCCUUGAGCCCGAAACUCCCACGCUCGCGGUUAUCAGGGCAGAUAUCAGGGCGCUGGCGUCCCAGAUGGUCACUAAAAGUGACUUCCAGGUCCUAUCAGACGACCUCCAUGCUGCAAUCCGUUUUGAGGUGGCGGCCCUGCGGUCAGAGAUCACAGCACAGGACGGCAGACUCCAAAACCUGGAGGAAACGAUGAGAGAGGCGACGGAGAGAGCGGGGACCAACACCACUGCGACCACAAGACAGGGGCACAUGCUACUGGCCCUCCGACGCCAGACAGAGGACCUAGAUAAUAGGAGCCGCCGCUCUAACAUCCGUGGACUACCCGAGCCAUCCACUGAGGAAGAUGUGGAAGCCACGUUGAAAGCCCUCUUUUGGGAGAUCCUGGGAGCUGACAUGCCAGAUAGCAUAACAUUUGACCGCGCACACAGAGCUAACAGACCCAGGCCGGCAGACAACACACCACGAGAUGUCAUAUGCUGCCUGCACAACUACAAGCACAAGGAAAAAAUAAUGCUCAAAGCACGCUCCAGACCGCUAUGGAGGUUCCGCGGUGCGGACGUGGCCUUAUUCCAAGACCUAUCAUCGCUCACACUCGAUGCCCGCAGGGCCCUACGCCCCAUCACAUCACUACUCAGAGAGAGGAACAUCCCCUACAAAUGGGGGUUCCCCUUUGCCCUGCUUGCAAGACACCAAAAUGAGUGGGUGCCCCUGCGCUGGCCGGAAGAGGGCUCAGGUUUUUUACGUCACAUGGGCCUACCACCCACUGAAAUAGCGGAUUGGAUCCUUGGACCUUUGGAGCAGAGACCUGGACCCCACACGCCACGACAACAGGAAGGGAGGAGCUGGCAAGACGUCCCAAUGCCGCAGACGCCUGGACCCAGCAGAACCCGAGGAGUAGAGUCAGAUGUGAGCCCCCCCCCCGAUACAACCACCCCCCCUUGA